AUGGAUAUCGAUCCUCACGAGAAUGAUCUACCAAUGCUCAUCGAGCAGGCCGUCCAUGACCUCUACCAUCUCCGCGACGGGGCACACGUGAAAGAUGCCAGUGUUGCAGAUCUCGAGAUCGCCUGCGAUGCUGCUGUAAGCGCAGCUGAGGCCUACAAUGAUAACCGUGAAAACCAAUCCAAGAUCAACCUUCGAUGGUUUUACAUCUGCGUUCAAGGCCAUCUUCUCAUCGAUCUCAAGCCCGAGUUGCUGCUCGACGGUAAGGUCGAGCGCCUCCAGCGAAAUGCCCAGCCCGGGCAGCCCCCACAGCAGCAGCCUUCACAGUCCGUCGAGGACGGCCACUCUUCGUCGGCAGGUUCGCUUGGUCGAAGCCUUGGCUCUAUCGAGAACAAGUAUGGGAGGGUCAUGCACCUGGACGAGUGGAAGACUUAUCUGACGCAGGUUGAGGCCAAUGCCCAGAAGAAGAGGAAGCGCUCAGCAUGA